CCAUGGAGUUGUCAGACUUGUUUCUCGACCAUGGUCGCAUUGCAGAAGGAGAACCAUUGUCGGUGUUUGACACUGUAUUAGCUAACACGGUUGGAGUGAAAGAAUGCGAGCAUAGUGAAGACAGCGGUGUUCAGUUGACUUUCUGCGAUGUCGACGACAUUGAUGGUGUAAUAUCUAGUGUGUCUCGUCGUCUUCCAGACUUACCGCUGCAACCGCUCGAGACAAGCCCGUGUGCAGACUGGGUACAAGAACAAUAUGAAGAUAAGUGUACGUGGGACUCUUUGAUCCGUUCGAAAACUUGCUCAGCGUGGACGCCCAACACACCAGACUCUCUUCCUUACUCUCUUCCUGCUUCUCCUACUUCUAACUUUCAAGCUUUGUCUUGUCGAAUCACAUCAUCGUCACCUUUGUCGUCUCAAACAACGAAGACAAAAGCACAGUCUUCGAAAAAGCAAGACUUAUCUUCUCGUCUUGAUUUAAAAAUGCAGGCUGUGCUGAACUCGAAGAAACGCAUUGCUACGUCUGGCUUUACUGCAGACACAAACGGAGAAAGCUCUUUUGAUGGAAAUCUUUGGCAAUGGAAACGACAGCAAAGAUUGCUGAAGAAUCGUGAAUCUUCUAGUGAAUCAAGAAGAAAAAAGAAAGAAUAUCUCAAUGCUUUGGAGUCACAAGUAAAGCAGCUGACAGAGCAGCAUACAUCAUUAUUACAGGAAAACAAAACACUGAGGAAAUGUGUGGAGCAACUGCAACGUGAGGUUUGUGUAUGGUUUUGAUCCUAGCUAGAAACUUGAAAGUACUACAGCAGUAGACACACGUUCUUAUGAUUUGCAUACUGGUAAUUGAAGCUGUGUUUACACUGUUGCUUCCACAGCUAUGAGUCUCUGAAACCCGGCCACCACGAUAGAAUUGUUGUGAAGAAUUAUGAAUUUAGUCAUUGUUUUUUCUAAACGUGCUACUUGUAAAAUCUAUC